UGCAUAACAAUAUGCCAUCUCGAUGCCGUAUAAAUGCUUAUGUCUACUCGAUGGUUGAAGAGAUUUUGCAUCAGCUUAUGUUGCAACUUGUAAUCGUUGCCGAUCACAUAACUUGUAUUAAAACAAGGAAGAGGAAACGGGCUGUAGUGACAGAGCCUUAUCAUAUCUUGCCCCGUAUCCCCGAUCAAAUAAAACACAUGAAUAGGCUCACGAAUGUCAGUGACGUUGACUGCAUUAUAAACUUACGUAUGGAUCGCAAUACGUUUGGGCGGCUUUGCCAAUUGUUACGACAGUUAGGGGGUUUACACAAUAGUAGGUAUAUUGGGGUUGAAGAGCAGGUCGCGAUGUUCCUUUCAGUGCUUGCACAUCACAAAAAAAAUAGAGUAGUGCGUUUCGAUUUUCGUAGAUCAGGGGAUACCAUAACUCGGUACGUACAUAUUGUCCUAAAGGCUGUAUUGUCUCUCCAUGUGCUGUUGUUUGUGAAGCCUUGUCCUAUUGCGGAUGAUUGCAUUGACCCCCGAUGGAGGUGGUUUAAGGGUUGCUUAGGGGCGUUAGAUGGGACAUAUAUCGAUGUGAUGGUGCCCAACCAAGAUAAACCCCGCUACAGGACACGUAAGGGACACAUUUCGACUAAUACCUUGGCGGUUUGUGAUCGACAUCUCAAGUUUGUUUAUGUACUUCCCGGCUGGGAGGGCUCUGCGGCUGACUCGCGAGUUCUACGAGAUGCACUCAAUAGACCUCAUGGUUUGCGAGUACCAAAAGGAAAUUAUUACUUAUGCGAUAACGGUUAUGCUAAUUCUGAGGGAUUCCUCGCACCGUUUAAGGGAGUUCGUUAUCACCUCAAGGAAUGGGGUCCACAAGCAGCAAGACCACAAAACGCGCAAGAGCUCUUCAACCUACGACACGCGAAGGCUCGGAAUGUCAUUGAACGUGCUUUUGGUGUCAUGAAAAUGCGAUGGGGCAUCUUAAGGAGCACUUCGUAUUACCCAAUUCAAAUUCAGAAUCGAUUAAUUAUGGCGUGCUUCGUGCUUAACAAUUUUAUUCGGAGUGAGAUGGCGGUCGACCCCAUAGAAGAGCAAUUCGAUAGACUUAUUGAUGAGAGUGCAGACAUUCAAGGGGAACAUGGCCCUUAUCAAUAUGUGGUUGAGUCAUCACCAGAGUGGAAUGCGGCGAGGGAUGAGCUAUCUCGUUCUAUGUGGCAGCAGUACCUUGCAAAUUGAUUAUGAAAUGUCUUUUCGACUUUGGUUGUUUAGUGUGAUUUUGUGUGCUAGUAUUUUAGUCGACUGCCAUAGAAAUUGGUUGUCAAGUUUGUAAGCUAUUUGA